AUGACCAUGGAGAGAGAAAGGAUGCAACGUGAAGAUGCCCGAGCUAAUCAAAAGGACGAGCGAGAGCGGUUGUCCGAUGAGAGAAAAGAUAAGCAACUUGAGGCCCAACUACAAUGGGAACGUGAUCAAUAUAACCUAGAGGGGGAGCAAAUGGAUAAAAAGAAGGCUCAUGAGAAGGCAAUUCAAGACGAAAAAGCAUCGAUGGUCCGGGAGCUUAUUAACAAGGGGAUAUCCCCCUCGGAAAUCUAA